ACGCGUGUUUAUUACGCGUGGAAAACACGCAGCAGCUGCCAAUGCAAUUUUGCCACGUUUGAGCCUGCGGUUUGCCGCUGGAAAUGUUAAUGUUUCUAUUUUACGUCCUUGACAAAAAUGACAAUUGACAAAUACGUUUAUAAAUUUAUAUUUAAGAAGUAUGGGUUUAUAUUAAGAAAUAUAUCCCUGAUAGGAUGAAAAGUCUCCUCUGCUCAACUGUAUUAUUUGUUUAUUUUGCUCCUUUAUACUCGCGUGUCAAAUACGGAUUACAUGAAGACAAGUGUUUUUGUGAGCUGUCAGGAAAAGUGGAAGACUGUUGUUGUGAUGUUGAGGCCGUGAACAGUUUGAAUAAGGAAGUUUUUAAGAGAAUUACAGAAAUUGUGAAUACAAACUAUUUUAAAUUUUAUAAAGUGAACCUUGCACGGUCCUGUCCAUACUGGCAUGAUGACAACCAAUGUAGUUUAAAAGAUUGUUCAGUACAAACAUGUAAAGAGGAAGAAGUUCCAGAAGGUGUUAAAGGUCAUUAUAUGAAGGAUGAAUCUAAGGAUUGUUAUGUAGAAAACUCUACUCUUGGAGAUGUUAAUAUUCAUUUGAGUGAAGAAGACAAACAGGUUUUUGCCACCUGGCAACAGUAUGAUGAUGCAGAGGACAGUUUUUGUUACCCUGAAGAUGAACUUUCUGCUGACUCAAAGUAUGUGAAUCUACUCCUCAAUCCAGAACGAUUUACCAACUACAAGGGACCAUCUGCAAAUCGUGUGUGGCACAGUAUUUACAAUGAAAACUGCUUCAAGGUGACCAAUCCAUACACAGACAAAUAUCAAAUGAAUUCCAUGUUGAACCAAAUGUGUCUUGAAAAACGUGUGUUUUAUCGAGUCAUAUCAGGAAUGCACGCCAGUAUUAACACGCAUCUUUCAGCUCUGUACUUGUUCAAAGGUAAUGGAUUUUUCAAGCCGGUAUGGGCUCCAAAUGCGAACGAAUUUAAAAGAAGAUUUGAUCCGGAGAAAACAAAUGGUCAAGGAAAAACGGCGCAAAAUCCUUGCAUGUAUGAAAGUGUGGAAAUGAAAAACUUGCAUGUUGUGAAGCACGGUCCUAGUUGGUUAAAGAACAUUUAUUUCUUGUAUUUAUUGGUAUGGAGAGCUAUCGUAAAGGCUGGUCCUUACUGGAAACAAGAAGGCUUUUAUACUGGAAAUUCUACUGAAGAUGAACUUGUAAAGAAACAUGUUGAAGAUUUAUUAUCACAAGCAAGAAGUUGCCCCAGUACAUUUGACGAGAGUAUAAUGUUUACUGGUGAUCCCAUUAAAUCAAAAGGAUUGAAGGAGGAGUUUCGGAAGAAAUUUCGUAACAUCACUCGGAUUAUGGAUUGCGUCGGCUGUCAAAAGUGCAGAUUGUGGGGGAAAGUCCAGACACAAGGAAUCGGGACGGCGUUGAAGAUCUUAUUUUCAAGAAAUCAACUGGACGAAUCCACAGUUGCCUCCACGUUCCGUCUUAAACGAAAUGAAAUUGUUGCCCUAUUUAACGCUCUUGGUCGAUACUCCAGUAGUAUUCAUUACGUUCAAAUGUUUCGUUCGUUAUCAAAAACAUGAAGGUGUUCACAGUUUCAUGAAACAUUCAAAGAUAAUCACUUCAAUUUUAAAUUAAUCGAUAAUGUAGACAUUGAAGUUUUUAAAGUUUGUUUUCAUUCAUACCAAUAAGGUGCAUUCUCGAAAACAAUAAAAGGAAAUUUUAUUAGAAA